AUGGCACUCGCAUUUUUGAGCGCACCAGCCCUGCCAGGACUUUGGGGCUUCGGCGAGGCCGCCGAGGCAUCGCAUCACUCCAAGCCCUGGCCGGAAUCGAUGAGUGCUGAGGCAGUUAUCAAAAGCAAUGAUUGCGGGGGUGAUGUCGUUCUGGCUCAGUUGGGCGCACAUCUAUGUCAUCGGAGGAAAUACAUUUCACUCGCACAAGAGCGGUGUUGAAGUUGAGCUCCAAGAGGAAGGAUCAUCGUCAUUUGUUGUUUGAUUUUGGCACUGAGAAACUGCAAGUAAUCUUGGGACAGAAAGUCUGCCUCAGUGAUGGAGUCCCGUCCCUUAUGCAACUUGAGAAUCGGCCAAGGCUUUGAUCAUAA